UUGCGACACAAGGGAACCAAGGCAAGCAACAUCGACCCCGGAUUAUUGCCAGAGGUACAUCUGCAGUCAUGAGAGUAAUAGAAGUCGUCAUUGACGGCUUCAAGUCGUACGCCGUGCGAACGGUUAUUUCAGGAUGGGAUGAGGCAUUCAACUCCAUUACUGGUCUUAACGGCAGUGGCAAAUCCAAUAUCCUCGACGCCAUCUGCUUUGUUCUCGGCAUCACCAACAUGUCCACGGUGCGAGCGCAGAACCUCCAAGAUCUUAUUUACAAGCGCGGACAGGCUGGUGUGACAAAAGCAAGCGUAACGAUUGUGUUCGAUAACCGCGAUACGAAGAAGUCACCCAUCGGAUUCGAGGAGUACGCCACUAUCAGCGUCACCCGUCAGAUUGUCCUUGGCGGAACUUCGAAGUACCUCAUCAACGGUCACAGAGCACAACAGCAAACCGUUCAAAACCUCUUCCAAUCUGUCCAACUCAACAUCAACAAUCCCAACUUCUUGAUUAUGCAGGGCCGUAUCACCAAGGUUCUCAACAUGAAGGCUGUCGAGAUUCUGGCUAUGAUUGAAGAAGCUGCUGGUACCCGAAUGUUCGAAGAUAGACGAGACAAGGCCCUGAAAACAAUGUCAAAGAAGGAGAUCAAGCUUCAGGAGCUUCGAGAGUUGUUGAAGGAUGAAAUUGAACCGAAGCUGGAGAAACUUCGCACUGAAAAGCGUGCAUUCCUCGACUACCAACAAACACAGAAUGAUCUGGAAAGGUUAACUAAGCUAGUCGUAGCGUAUGAUUACCUACGCGGGCAAGAGAAACUUCGCCAGUCAGCCGCAGACCUUGAGGCUAAAAAGCAACGCCACAGUGCUCUUGAAGAAUCAGCAACACGCUUGCGUACUGAGAUCUCCCAUCUGGAAGAGGACGUCGCCCGAGUCAAGGCUCAACGGGAGAAGGAAGUUAAGAAGGGUGGCAAGGGCCAAGCGUUGGAGGAUACAGUCAAGAAACAUGCCAACGAAAUCGUUCGUCUUGCAACUCUAAUGGACUUGAACAAGUCUAGUCUGGCGGAAGAGAAGGAGAAGAAGACUGCACUCGAAACCUCCGUCAUUGAGCUGGAGGCUGCACUGAAGGAUAAGAAUGCAGCAUAUGAGCAAGCAAAGGCUAAGAGCGAUGCAGCAAAGGAAGACUUGGCAAAGCAGAGUGCCGACGUUGAAUCAAAAGAAGAGCUUCUUCAGACCCUGCAGACUGGUGUUGCCUCCAAAGAUGGCCAAGAGAAUGGAUAUCAAGGACAACUACAAGACGCGAAGAGCCGUGCUACAACGGCUGCUACUGUUCAGGAGCAAGCCAAGAUCAAAAUUGCGCAUUUCAAGUCGAGGCUCAAGGAAGAGGAGCCCCGCGCGAAGAAGGCCAAGGAGCAGAAUGCGGAUUUAAUACGUGAUCUUGACGGUAUGAAGAGCAAAACUCAGAAGCUUGAGCAGCAGCUUGCCAAGCUUGGUUUUGAACCUGGCCAAGAAAAGCAAAUGUACAAGGAUGAGUCAGAUCUACAGCAAAAGGUUCGCACUUUGCGCCAAGAAGCCGAUAAGCUCAAACGUCAAGUUGCCAACAUCGACUUCAACUACACCGAUCCUGCUCCCAACUUUGACCGCUCUAAAGUCAAAGGUCUCGUCGCUCAACUUUUCACCCUCGAUAAGAACCACACCAAAGCUGGCACAGCGCUUGAGAUUUGUGCUGGUGGCCGACUAUACAACGUGGUUGUCGAUUCUGAGGUGACUUCAUCUCAGCUGAUUCAGAAUGGCAAGCUUCGAAAGCGAGUGACUAUCAUUCCAUUGAACAAGGUCUCAGCCUUCAAGGCCUCUGCACAGGCAAUUGCCACUGCUCAAAAGAUUGCUCCUGGAAAGGUCGACCUUGCGCUUUCGCUAGUUGGAUACGACAAGGAGGUCUCUGCUGCUAUGGAGUAUGUAUUCGGCAGUACCUUAGUAUGUGCUGAUGCAGAAACCGCAAAGCGCGUUACAUUCGACCCCGAGGUGCGCUUAAAGAGUGUCACCCUUGAGGGUGAUUCGUAUGAUCCAUCUGGCACUUUGUCCGGUGGCAGCUCAGCGAGCUCUAGCGGUGUCUUGGUAACCCUCCAAAAGCUUAAUGCGUUGACAAAAGAGCUUGAGACAUCUCAGACAAGCCUUCAGGAAUUGAAGAUUCGGAUAGCACAAGAAAAGACGAAGUUGGACCAGGCUCGAAGCAUCAAUCAAGAGUUGGAUUUGAAGAAUCACGAGAUUAAACUGGCUGAGGAACAAAUCAACGGCAACGCUUCGUCCUCGAUUAUUCAAGAAGUUGAGAACAUGAAGUCAGGCAUUAUUGAGCUCGAGAACAAUAUCAAAGAAGCCAAGGCCAAGCAGACUGAGGCUACUGCCGAUGUCAAGCGAAUUGAAAAGGAUAUGAAGGACUUUGACAACAACAAGGACGCAAAGCUUGUAGAGCUGCAAAAGUCUCUAGAUAAGCUGCGUAGUGGGCUGCAAAAGAAUUCCAACAAUGUCAAGGCGCUUCAGAAAGAGCUCCAAGGCGCACAGUUGGAUUUGGAGCAAGUCAAAUCAGAACUAUCCACGGCUCGUGAUCAGGUUGGCGAAGCUGAGGUCGCUAUCAAGACUCAGGACAAAGGCAUACAAGACUUGAACAAGCAACAAGCGCAGCUACAAGACACACAUGAUGCUGCACAGACCCAGCUCGAAGACGAGAGAGCCAAGUUACAUUUGUUUGAUGAUGAGCUAAGGGCGCUAGACGAGGCAACCCGCUCAAAGAAUGCCCGCAUCGCCGAAGAAGGUUUAGAAAUGCAGAAGCUUGGACACCAGGUUGAAAAGUUCCACAAGGAGCAGCAAGGUGCUGCAGAGAAUGUGGCUCGACUUGAGGCUGAUCAUGACUGGAUCCAUGAGGAAAAGGAUAGUUUUGGCAAGAAUGGUACUCCUUACGACUUCCACGGUCAAAACAUUUCUGAGUGCAAGUCAACAUUAAAGAACCUCACCGAGCGUUCUCAAGGCAUGAAGAAGAAGAUCAACCCCAAGGUUAUGAACAUGAUUGACAGCGUGGAAAAGAAGGAGGUGGCCCUGAAACACAUGAUCAAGACAGUCAUUCGAGAUAAGCGAAAGAUUGAGGAGACCAUUGUCAGUUUGGAUGACUACAAGAAGAAGGCUCUGCACGAAACUUGGGAAAAGGUCAACCGAGACUUUGGCCAAAUCUUCUCUGAGCUGCUGCCAGGAGGCAGUUUUGCCCAGCUGGAUCCUCCUGAAGGCAAGACCAUUAACAACGGCCUAGAGGUCAAGGUCAAGCUCGGUAAGGUGUGGAAACAGAGUCUUACGGAACUCAGUGGUGGUCAAAGAUCACUCAUUGCCUUGUCGCUCAUUAUGGCGCUGCUGCAAUUCAAACCUGCGCCCAUGUACAUUCUUGACGAGGUUGACGCUGCUCUCGAUCCAUCACAUACACAGAACAUUGGUCACUUGAUCAAGACGCGCUUCAAGGGAUCUCAGUUCAUCGUGGUCAGUCUCAAGGACGGCAUGUUCCAGAACGCAAAUAGAAUCUUCAAGACGCGCUUCAGUGAAGGUACCAGUAUGGUGCAGGCGCUGACACCUGCGGAUAUGAAAUAAAGCAGCCCGUAUUGGCCGCCUACUAAUUGUAUGAUUCACGAUACCUCGAGCGUUUAUGUUUGGUGUCAGGGGAGGCCGGAAUAUAUGUAUUAUUUGAUUACACUUUUGGUUAUUUUCAUUUAAUUGACCGUAAUACUCAUAACUGACA